UUUGAAGUGUGAAAAUCCCGCGAACUGAUGGAUUGUACUAUUACACUAGUGAGUAGAUGUUACAGCGUACUGUGUUUUGUGGUUUUGCAAUGCUCAAUGCUUCUCCAUCAAACUCACUCAUCGAAACCCUGCCAUCAUAUGCAUUUUGUACUCUUUCCUCAACCCAAAUGAACCCCAUCAAGAAAUUAACAUUUUCCCAUAUUUUCCAGAAAUGUUCCAAUCUUAAAGCUCUAAAUCCUGGCAAACAAGCUCAUGCCCAGAUGAUUGUAACUGGUUUUGUGCCCAACAUCUAUGUUGCCAACUGCCUAAUUCAAUUCUAUUGUAAAGGUUCCAAUAUGGGAUAUGCAUUCAAUGUGUUUGACAGAAUGCCUGAAAGGGACGUAAUCUCUUGGAAUACUAUGAUAUUUGGAUAUGCUGGAGUAGGGAACAUGGGGUUUGCACAGUCUUUGUUUGACACAAUGCCUGAAAGAGAUGUGGUUUCGUGGAAUUCUUUGCUCUCUUGUUAUUUACAUAAUGGUGCUAAUCGAAAGUCAAUUGAAAUAUUUGUCAAGAUGAGAUCACUGAAAAUCACACAUGACUAUGCUUCAUUUGCUGUUGUUUUAAAAGCUUGUUUAGGUAUUGAAGACUAUGGUUUAGGGCUUCAGGUGCACUGCCUUGCAAUUCAGAUGGGUUUCGUGAAUGAUGUGGUGACAGGUAGUGCUCUAGUAGAUAUGUACUCAAAAUUUAAGAAACUGGAUGAUGCUUUUAAGGUUUUCCUUGAAAUGCCAGUGAGAAAUUUGGUUUGCUGGAGUGCUGUAAUUGCGGGCCAUGUUCAGAACGAGCGGUUUGUUGAGGGGCUAAAACUGUUUAAGGAUUUGCUGAAAGUAGGUAUGGGGGUGAGUCAAUCAACCUAUGCUAGUGUAUUCAGAUCAUGUGCGGGAUUAUCUGCAUUGAAAUUGGGUACACAGAUGCAUGGUCACGCUCUAAAGACUGAUUUUGGAUAUGACUGUAUAGUUGGAACUGCCACAUUGGACAUGUACGCAAAAUGUGGCAGAAUGUCUGAUGCCUGGAAGGUAUUUAACAUGUUGCCUAAUCCUCCUCGGCAAUCUUAUAAUGCCAUUAUUGUUGGAUAUGCUCGGAAAGAACAAGGUUUUAAGGCUUUAGAGAUUUUUCAGUUUUUACAGAGGACGUACCUUGGCUUUGACGACAUUAGUUUGUCUGGUGCUUUGACUGCUUGUUCAGUGAUCAAAGGCCAUUUGGAGGGAAUCCAGCUACAUGGAUUAGCGGUCAAAUGUGGUUUAGAGUUUAAUAUUUGUGUUGCGAAUACAAUUUUAGACAUGUAUGGUAAGUGUGGAGCUCUGAUGGAAGCUUGUUUAAUAUUUGACGAGAUGGAGAGAAGGGAUGCUGUGUCUUGGAAUGCAAUCAUUGCGGCUCAUGAGCAAAAUAAAGAAAUAGAGAAAACACUUUCACUCUUUGUUUCAAUGCAGCGAUCAGCAAUGGAACCUGAUGAUUUUACUUACGGUAGUGUUGUAAAGGCAUGUGCUGGUCAGCAAGCUUUAAACAAUGGUAUGGAGAUCCAUGGAAGAAUUAUUAAGUCGGGUAUGGGGUUAGACUGUUUUGUUGGCAGUGCUCUUGUUGAUAUGUAUAGCAAGUGUGGAAUGCUAAUGGAGGCAGAAAAGAUCCACGACAGACUGGAAGAGCAGACAACUGUUUCCUGGAAUUCGAUCAUCUCAGGAUUCUCAUCACAAAAGCAAAGUGAAAAUGCUCAGAUAUAUUUUUCUCAGAUGCUGGAAAAGGGUGUAAUACCCGACAACUUUACAUAUGCUACAGUUCUUGAUAUCUGUGCUAAUAUGGCCACCGUAGAACUUGGAAAACAGAUUCAUGCUCAAAUUUUAAAGUUACAGUUGCAUUCAGAUGUGUACAUUGCCAGCACACUUGUAGAUAUGUAUUCAAAGUGUGGAAAUAUGCGGGAUUCCAGGCUAAUGUUUGAGAAAGCACCAAAGCGGGAUUUUGUCACUUGGAGUGCCAUGAUUUGUGCAUAUGCAUACCAUGGUCUUGGAGAAGAAGCCAUUAAAUUAUUCGAGGAGAUGCAGCUUUUGGAUGUGAAACCAAAUCAUACAGUUUUUAUUUCAGUCCUCAGAGCUUGUGCACAUAUGGGUUAUGUCGACAGAGGGUUACACUACUUUCAGGAAAUGCUAAGUCACUAUGGUUUAGAUCCCCAUAUGGAGCACUAUUCAUGUAUGGUAGAUCUAUUAGGGAGGUCAGGCCAAGUAAAUGAAGCUUUAAAACUUAUUGAAAGCAUGCCUUUUGAGGCUGAUGAUGUAAUAUGGAGAACUUUGCUCAGUAAUUGCAAGAUGCAAGGGAAUAUAGAAGUUGCAGGAAAAGCAGCUAAUUAUUUAUUGCAGUUAGACCCUCAAGAUUCUUCAGCGUAUGUUCUUUUAUCUAAUGUAUAUGCUAACGCAGGGAUGUGGAGUGAAGUUGCAAAAAUUAGAAGUGUAAUGAAGAACUGCAAGUUAAAGAAGGAACCGGGCUGUAGCUGGAUUGAAAUAAGAGAUGAGGUACACACAUUUCUUGUUGGAGACAAAGCACAUCCAAGAUCUGAAGAGAUAUAUGAGAAAAUUCAUUUGCUUGUGGACGAGAUGAACUGGGCUGGGUAUGUUCCAGAUAUUGAUUUCUUACUUGAUGAGGAGGUAGAAGAACAUGAUCCUUAUGAGAGUCCCAAAGCUACCAUUUGUAGUAUGAGAUAAUAAUGUAGGAAACAUUUCAAAUGAUGAUUACAAUGGCUUACGGGGGCCUCUUAAAGAGCAUCAAGUUAUCCAGCAAUCUGACCACCUCAAAGAUAUAUUCGUCAUUCAUUCAUAGUUCUCAGCUUGUGAUACUCUAUAUCUAAAGAAAUAACAUUUAAUUAGAGUCCUCAGAUGUUCUUCACUUGAUUAAUAAACCAGAUACACAUUGCCAUUGGAUCAUUAUGAACAGAUUCAUGCAACCAUCGAAUGAGUACGAGAUUGGUGGGAAGAUGUAACACGGUAGUCUUUUAAGUGGAGGAAACUUUUUGUACUGAUACUCUGGCUAUACUUUUAACAUGACAGAUCAUGCAGUUUUCUAGCACAGAAAUUUUACGAGUUGCAAGUUGCAAAUAGUACAAGUUCGUAAUUUUUUUCAGUGC